AAGAUUAAGAUGUCGGAAAACCAGAAAAACACAAAUAGCUGCCUGCAUUGUACUGUUUUCAAUACGAAAUACCAGUACCAGGAGAUCUUCGAUGAGUUUGGCAGGGAGCUGGGCCUCCAAACGCUGCUGGCCAAGCAUUUCCAGCUGGAUGUGGCGCCCGAUCCGCUCCAGCGUCAGCUCCUGUGCGAGGUGUGCGUCAACACACUCAUCCGGCUGUUUGAUAUCGAUGAACUGCACCGGCAACAGGAUGCGGCGAGGGCUAGGCUCAAGGAUCCCAGUCCUGUUGUCAUCCUGGAUUCAGUCGAGCCUGAAGUUAAGCCUGCGCAGGCUGCUGCCGCUCCCAAGAAGGAAAAGGCUGCUCCUCCUCCUCCCUUAAGGGAACCAAGUGCACGGAUCAGUAAGAGAGUUCAGCCACCUCCGGUAGUGCCUGUUCCAUCUAAAUCGUCGGAAAGAGCCAAGGAGACGGUGAAACCCGAAAAGGAAGCAUCGCCCGCCAAGCCAAAGGAUGCAGAUCAGGAGCAUAUUAGUGUACUGAUACAAAACCUCCUCGAUGAAGACGAGGCCAUUAGCGAGGAAGUGGCAGACGAAGUUGAGUCAUUUUGUGAGGAAGUAGAAGCAAUUGAAGCUGCUCCCAUUCCAGAGGAGCCGCAAGCCCAAAGGAAAAUUGUCUUGUUGAACAAGAAAGCUGCGCGGCAACCUAGUCUAGAUGAAGACAUUUACAUAUACGAGCAUGAGGAUAUCCUGGAGCCAGCUGUAAAGAAGGUAAAGGUCGAAGUCAAGGCUCGAUCUUCAGCUAAGGAACAAGUUCAAGCGGAGGAGAGCCAAAGCGAGGGCGAAACCGAGGAGAGUCAUGUGGUGCUCUUUGACUUUGUUAUGAUCAAAGAAAAGGAUGACAUUGCUGACAUUGCCGAGUACUUGUCCACGGUGGUAAAGACCAGCUUUGAAAAGCUAACCUUUGAAUGGACCACGGCUUGCAAACACUGUUCCCAGAAGUUUCCUAACUUUGAGAGCCUUUUGAGUCACACACUAAAGUCGCAUAAAUCUCGAGGCAAUGUCUACAAGUGUCCCAUUGAUGGCUGCAGCAAGGAGUUGAAGGGCAGCAAAUUUCUGGCCAUGCAUUUGGUUGUCUUACAUGCACCCGUAGCUGAAAUACCCAUUUAUGGCAGUUGUCCGGAGUGCAAAAUGACUUUUUCAAACAUUUUGCAUUACAACAAACACUCUUGUGCUCAUAUGAUUAAAAAGAAGCGCGGUGUUCGCUUAUUUUGUGAAAUGUGUGCUCAGGAAUUUCCCUCCUGGAAGCGUUUUAACUUUCACAAUCAAUUCCAUUUGGAGAAGCAUAGGCCUCGUGCCUGCUUUGUCUGUGAUUAUGCCAGCACCAACAUUGAUGAGCUGUUUCAGCACUUGAACUACUCCCAUGAGCCUGUGGGCACUUUAUUUUGCGACCUUUGCGAUCGCACUUUUCGGGAUCCUGGGGUGUUCAUGGAGCACAAUAAGUCGCAUGCUAAUGUGAGCAGCACUACUUAUUCCUGCGGCGAAUGCCUGGCAGUAUUUGAGUCACGAAGUCGCCUAAAUGGACACAUGCGCUCUAUGCAUGGCAGCAUAAUUAGCUGCGAGCUCUGUUCCCGCGAGUUUGGUAGCGAGGCCACCUACAGCAUUCACAUGAAGAAGCAUCUGAUUAUCGAGAGAGAUCUGCACGUUUGCCACAAUUGCGGCCUGCUAAACGAUAGCCAAGAAAAAAUGGCUGAACAUGCAGAAACCAAGAAUUCGCCCUGUUUUAAGGCCAAGAUAUACACGGAGAUGCUACGCGAUGCCUAUGUCUGUGAAUACUGUUCCUCGUACUUUAAGCAAAAGUCCGAUUUGCAGGCACAUCGCCAGUCGGGAAUCCAUAAGAAUGGGUUGUUUUGGUGCCAGCCGUGUGGCAAGGAUUUUCCCCACAUGAAACUGUACCGCCAUCACCUGCGCAACUAUCAGAAAUUGCGAUCGGAUUCAACGCAUCGUAAGCUAGAAAUUUGUGUCUUCUACAUGUGCGAUCAGCAGGACUGCACGGAGGCCUAUGUGAACUGGAACUCGUUGUACACGCACAAGCGACGCACUCAUGAAUCGUCGGACAAGCAGACGGAGAAGGCCUCAAAGUCUGCUAAGGAUUGGAUUUGCCAGUUUUGCUUAAAGGAGUGCCGCUCAAAGAUGUCCUUGUCUGUUCAUGUGGCUAGGAGUCAUAAUAAUGACAACGUCUCCUGUUCCUUGUGCAAUGCCUCUUAUAAAAGCCAGGAUGCUUUGGACAAGCACCAUGCCUACUGGCAUGAGCCCAUCGAGUGUCCGCAGUGCUUUAAGAUUGUCAAAAAUCGUCGAAAUUACGACACUCAUGUUAAUGUUGUGCAUUCAAACAAGAAACGCUAUGCCUGCGGUGUUUGCGAAAAGGGUUUCUAUCAUAAAAGCGAAAUGGAGGCUCAUCAAAAGCUCCAUGGCCAGUUGUACAGCUGCGAGCAAUGCAGUUUUACCACAAGGAACAAGAAGUCCUUGUCGGUUCAUGUCCUGGGUCAGCACUACAAGCGUUUUGCCUUUGAGUGCAAAGUGUGCAACAAGAGAUUCGGACGUCGUCAGGGCCUGACUACGCACAUUCAGCGGGCUCAUGGCUCCAAGUACGUGUGCCGUGACUACUUCGAGGAAGGCUGCGGGCGCACCUUUGUCAGCAGUUCCCAGCUGAAUGUUCAUGUGCGGAAAGUGCACGAAGGCAGUAUUUUUCUACAGGAGGAGGAGGAGGAAGAAGAGGAUAGCGAUGGGCCAUCCACAUCCAAGAAGCCCUGCUAUAACAUCGAUGAUGAUAGCAAUAUUGAGUUUGUAGAAAUUGGAGACGGCGAGGAUGAGGAGGAGUUGGUGGAGGAAGAGGAGGAAGAAUUUAUUGAGGAUCCCAAUUUGAAUACUAAACAUUAAGGCUAAACUUCAAUUGCAAUUAACUAGCCAGAGUCUGGCGGAAGCAAAUUUGAUUUAUUAAGCGUUGUGGUUUGGUCAUUUAACUGCUGAAGAUUGUGUGCGGAGC